AUGGACCUUCGGAAGACCCAGCCUUGGGUCUGGGUCCCCAAAGGCUGCCGUGUAGUGCGAGUCAUUGGGGAAGGGGCUUUUGGAGUAGUAAUCCUGGUCUGCCAUAUCAGCACCAAGGAGGAGUUUGUAGUUAAAGUAACAAAGCUGGGCACCUCGAAUUUGGAGCUGGCGCGACAAGAGAGGGACAUCCUCAGAGGUUUAAAACACCAGAAUGUAGUGCGGUUGUUGGGCGCCACUGAGGAGGGAGGCAGACUUUUCAUGGCCUUUCCGUAUGUGAGUGGGGGAGACCUGAGGAACUACCUUGACACCAAUGGGCCAAUGGUAGAGGAGGAGGCCAGAAGAGUCUUUCUGCAGCUGACGUCCGCAUUGCACUACUGCCAUAGCCAGGGCGUGGCCCAUCGGGAUUUAAAGCCCGAAAACAUCCUCAUGGACAGCCGUGAGGGCAGGGUCUUCAUUUCGGAUUUUGGUUUGGCACAUUAUUUUUUGAGAAGACCCAUGAGAUCUUUUUGUGGCACGCCAGGCUACAUAGCUCCCGAAGUCAUUUUUGGGGGCAUCUAUGGCCCAGGGGUCGACUUGUGGUCACUGGCAAUCAUUUUGCACGAGCUCCUGAAGGGACACGGACCAUUUGACCCAGCAGAGGCUGGUUGCAGUAACACUCUCUCCUCCAGUGUCCAGCACCUACUGGAGGGCAUGCUGCAGGUGAACCCCAGGAGGCGAAUGGGGUGGACCCAACUCUUAAGUCACCCCUGGGUGACCCAGGGCUCCGGGCCAAUAGGGGUUCACCUGGAACCUGAGCCAGCUGUUGAGUCCAUCCCAUCCAGCGUGCCCUUUGCCUUGAUUCCUCGGCAAAGGUGUGUUUCUGCACCACCCGCUGCUGUGGCCAAGGCCCGGAAGCCUGGCAGCCCCUCCAGGAGCUCUAGUCCUUCGGACAUCUCCAGCUGGAGCCUUGCGUCCGCAUCGGUGACUCCCAUCUCGACCCCUGCCCCUCCACCUGGGACUCCCAAUUCAUCAGGGAGUAGCAGCUCUGGGUCUGGGUCCAUCUCCAGCUUGGGCACCCCACAGGAGAACCCGAACAGCCCUGAGAGGAGCAUCUCCACCCCCUCCUCCAAGGCUGUCCCCUCCUCUAACUCUGUCUCCUCCUCUAACUCUGUCCCCUCCUCUGAAUCUGUCCCCUUUGUCUCCUCCUCUGAAUCUGUCCCUUCUGUUCCCUCCCCCGAAUCUGUCCCCCCUGCCAGCCAGAGUCCAGUGGCCAACUUCAUUGCCAUAAGGCAUGGCAGAGCCAGGAGGAUAGUGAACGCCUUCCUGCGUGUUUGCUGCUGCUGCUGUCCGUUGGGCAGGAGAGGCCGCAUCCACCCGGCCAAUGCAUGA